AUGGCCACCCCCAGUGUUCUCACCUUUGACGCUCAGGGUUGGGCUGUUGAAUUCAAGGUCUGGGUAGAUGAUCUGCAGCUUAUUCUACAGUGCGAUAGGGCAGACGGUCUCUCCCUGUUUGACCUCACUUCUGGUGCCUCUCCUGCCCUUGCUGCUGAUGCUGACGCCACUAACCCCCCCCCUUUGUACAUCACCCUCUACUACAUAGUCACCCGGCUCCCUAACACCCUUCGCUCGGACAGGGACCACUUCCUCUCAGUUUGCCCCACCACUCUCACCGUUGACCUUCUCAAAGAGCGCCUCCUAGCAGCAGAGAAGAGUAUAGUCUCUCGUGGUGACCCUCGUACCCCUAUCUUUGAGGGGUGCUCCCCCUCCCCCGUCUUGCCCUCUGUUGCCUCUGCUGCUGCGGCCGACCUCGUUGGUCUUGAGUCGGUCGGCGUGGCGUCUGCCCCUAGCAAGAGACGCCGCUCAGGCAAGGGCAAGGAGGGCAAGGGCGUUGGAGGAGCUGGCGGGGGCGGUGGAGGCAGCGGUGGAGGCGGCGGAAGGGUUGGGGGUGGCGGUGGGAGUGGUGCUGGGGGUGGGGGCGCUAGUGGCGGCAGUGAAGGCGGAGGAGGCGGCGGUGGUGGCGGUGCGGGCGGAGGUUGCGGAGGUGGAGGCAGUGGUGGAGGAAGCGGCAGUGAAGAAUAA